AUGUCUGCUCCAGCUACCAAGUUCAAGGUCGCAGACCUCAGUCUUGCGGCUUUCGGUCGCAAGGAGAUUGAGCUCGCCGAGAAUGAGAUGCCCGGUUUGAUGGCUACCCGCGAGAAGUACGCUGGCGACCAACCCCUCAAGGGUGCCCGUAUCGCUGGAUGUCUGCAUAUGACCAUUCAAACCGCUGUCUUGAUCGAGACUCUCACAUUCCUCGGGGCUGAAGUUACUUGGUCUUCCUGCAACAUCUUCUCCACCCAAGACCACGCUGCUGCUGCCAUUGCCGCCGCUGGUGUUCCAGUCUUCGCCUGGAAGGGAGAGACCGAGGAGGAGUACGAGUGGUGUCUCGAGCAACAACUCGUCGCCUUCAAGGAUGGCAAGUCCCUCAACCUGAUCCUCGAUGACGGUGGAGAUCUUACCGCUCUCGUCCACAAGAAGUACCCAGAGAUGCUCAAGGGCUGCUUCGGAGUCUCUGAAGAGACCACCACCGGUGUUCACCACUUGUACAAGAUGUUGAAGAACAAGGCUCUCCUUGUCCCAGCCGUCAACGUCAACGAUUCCGUCACGAAGUCCAAGUUUGACAACUUGUACGGCUGCCGUGAGUCAUUGAUCGAUGGUAUUAAGCGUGCCACCGAUGUCAUGAUUGCUGGUAAAAUUGCGGUUGUUGCCGGAUUCGGUGAUGUCGGAAAGGGUUGCGCUAUGGCGCUCCACGGAAUGGGUGCUCGUGUCCUCGUCACGGAGGUCGACCCCAUCAACGCUCUCCAGGCCGCUGUCUCUGGUUUCCAGGUCACCACCAUGGAGAAGGCUGCCAGCCAAGGUCAAAUCUUCGUUACCACCACCGGAUGCAGAGAUAUCUUGACCGGAGAGCACUUCGAGGCUAUGCCCAACGAUGCCAUCGUUUGCAACAUUGGCCAUUUCGACAUUGAGAUCGACGUUGCUUGGUUGAAGAAGAACGCCGCCAGUGUUCAAAACAUCAAGCCCCAGGUCGAUCGAUACCUCAUGAAGAGCGGCCGCCAUAUCAUCCUUCUCGCCGAGGGACGUCUCGUCAACUUGGGAUGUGCCACCGGCCACUCUUCCUUCGUCAUGUCCUGCUCCUUCACCAACCAAGUGCUUGCCCAAAUCAUGUUGUACAAGUGCGAGGACGCUGCUUUUGGACAGAAGUACGUCGAGUUCGGCAAGACCCAAAAGCUCGAGGUUGGCGUCUACGUCCUCCCCAAGAUCUUGGACGAGACCGUUGCCAAGCUCCACUUGGCGCACGUCAACGCCGAGCUCUCCAAGCUGAGCUCCGUCCAAGCCGAGUAUCUUGGUCUGGAGGUUGAGGGUCCCUUCAAGACUGACACGUACCGAUACUAG